GGGCAGGGUCUGAGUGUGUGACGUAGUGUGUUUGGGGAGUAUCCUGAGCUCCUGCCUGUAGUCAUUCACCCAGACUCUCACACACAGGAGGCAUUACUCACACACUGAGGGAAAGAGCAGCACAAGACAAGACUUCAGAAAAAAGGGCUGUGAAGUACCAGGUUGAGAGAAGUGAGGGUGAAAUUGAGGACAACGGGAGAAAAGUAAAACCAGACGUGAAUACAGAUAAAGAGAAGAUGACAAUCGGUAAGAACUCCAGGAAGAGCUCAGUGCGGAGCUCCAUCCGGGCCCCAAAGUUCCUAGACAAGUCCAAUGGGUUCUACGGUCGCCUUGAUGAGCCUGAGAUCCCCGUGGAGACAGAAGAGGUGAGGGCAACAGAGGUCGAAGAGAUGAAGGAUGAAAAAAGAAGCAGCCAAAAUUCUGUGAUGGACAUUUCAGGAGCAGAUGAUAGGGAAGAACCAGAAAUAUUUAAUGAAGGGACGAUUGAAGACGAUGGCGAGACUCUUCUUAGGAGGAAACCAAGCCGUCGCAACAGCAGGUGGAGAAGAAGCUCAAGGAGGAAACAGAAGGAAGCCAGAGCUGAGGACGACACAGGCAGAGACGGGAGGCUGAGCCAGGACACUGAGGACCAGGUGGACCCCCACGCUCUGGAGGACUCCAGGGCCAUAAUCCUGGUAGAGAUGGAGAAACUGAAGAAGAUGGAGGAAGAAAAUGAGAAGACGGGGAAAGAGAAGGAGUCUGCCCUUGUUCAUUUCCCAGUUCCAGAAGAAGCAGACGACCAGGUCCUCAUCAGGGACAAGAAGAGAGGACGGGUAGAGGAGGGAGAGGAGGAGAGGAGGAUGAAGAGGGAGCAAGAGGAGGGGAUGAAGGUUGUGAAGAGGAACACGAUGAAGAAUUACCGCAAGGCCUUGGACAGAGCGUUUCGUCGCGGCUGGGAAGCCUUCAUCACCAACCUGUACAGCGUCACUCUCACGCCUGUGACUCCAUCCUCACCUUCAUCUUCCUCACCUCUAUCAAAGAAGAAACAUCAGCACAACUCAGUGUUGGCUGAGUUUCAGUAGAAGAAGAAUGUGACAUGGACAGAAAACCCUAAACAUUUUUUAAUACAUGCGAUUCUGAUUAUGCACCGUCACUGAAUAGUACUGCACAAUGCUGUCUGUAUAAUUUUUAUUUUACCUUUAUUUAUGUUAUGUGCUGAGUUUUAAUCACUCAGCAUAAAUUUCAGUGCCUUUUCACAUCAUGAUAUGAAGAAACACUGCACAUGAUGAAAACAGCAGCAGGUUUGGCUAUUGAAGCUGAAGGAAACAAGCAGCUGAUUUGACAUUGAUGUCUAUGAGACUAGUCUGUCUUUAGGUGACUGAGUUCAACUCAUCCUGCUUCUCUUCUGAUGAUUUAUUCCAGAUUUUAUUAGUAACUAUCUUAGCUUCCCAAAUGCAGUCCACUGUUUAGAGCUUGGAGUAUGAAUCAUCUUUUCUUCCUUUAGUUUAACACGAUGAAACCACUAAAAUGUUGAUGUGUGACUGUAAGGAAUGGAAGAUUUCCACCAGCGAACGGCGAUGACGGAUCAGUGGACUUUUGCCCUGAAGAAAUUUACAUGUUUUCAUGUUAACCAGUGCCAUUUAUUAUGUUCUCACAGCUAAUUAUUAAUCAGAUGUGGUUAAUGAGAGCAGUCUUGACAGGAGUUUAAGUUCACUUUAUGUUCUGGUGAAGGUUUUUUAACCUGAGGACACAUGACGCAUGAGUCUAAUUGUAUUUGUUUAUGAAACAGAUAAAGAAAUGGAAAGAGGUUUUUUUUCUUGCAAGUUUUUGUCAAUUGUUACCACUGCAUUUACAAGUGCAGACAUUCCGACUGUAAUAAUUAAAAUAUUUAACUAAGAAAUAUAUUAAUUUAUUCACAUUUAAGUCACAACACAAUUAAGUAGGUAGUGUUUACAGCAGAUCUGCGAUAAUUCCUUCAAUCCAUUCUAUAUAUUGUUUUUUUAUCACUUCAAAUGUACUGUAUUUAAUAAUUCUUUAUGUUUUGACACCUCUUUGAACAGGUGCUGCAAAUAAACCCCCGUUGUCAUACA